CGGUCGGAAGUCCCGCCUCGACGUUCCAGCGGGUCGGCAGCUGGCCGGUAGGACGGAGCCGAGGGUGGGGGGGGGCGCGGAGCAGAGCCCAACUGCUGCCGCAGGAGGAUGAGCGAGCGGCCCGCUGGCAGCGGCAGCAGCGCCCUGCGGGCUGGUAAGGCGCGGCGCCGCCCCGAUUACCUCUGCCCCCAGGUUACAAAGCAGCUAAAUGGAGUCUGAGCAGCUGUUCCACAGAGGUUACUAUCGAAACAGCUACAACAGUAUAACUAGUGCAAGCAGUGAUGAGGAGCUUUUAGAUGGAGCAGGUGUCAUUAUGGACUUUCAAACCUCUGAGGAUGAUAAUUUGUUAGAUGGUGAUGCAUCAGUUGGAACUCAUUAUACAAUGACAAAUGGAGGAAGCAUUAACAGUUCAACGCAUUUAUUGGACCUCUUGGAUGAACCCAUACCUGGUGUUGGAACAUACGAUGACUUCCAUACUAUUGAUUGGGUGCGGGAGAAGUGCAAAGACAGAGAAAGGCACAGACGGAUUAACAGCAAGAAGAAGGAAUCGGCCUGGGAGAUGACAAAAAGUUUAUACGAUGCCUGGUCAGGAUGGCUAGUAGUUACACUAACUGGUUUGGCAUCAGGGGCAUUGGCUGGGUUAAUAGAUAUUGCUGCUGAUUGGAUGACUGACUUAAAGGAAGGCAUUUGCCUUAAUGACUUGUGGUAUAACCACGAGCAGUGUUGUUGGAGAUCGAAUGAGACUACAUUUGAAGAGAGAGACAAAUGUCCACAAUGGAAAACAUGGGCAGAACUAAUAAUUGGCCAAGCAGAAGGUCCAGGUUCAUAUAUAAUGAACUACAUAAUGUACAUUUUCUGGGCUUUGAGCUUUGCUUUUCUAGCGGUUUCUUUUGUGAAGGUGUUUGCUCCUUAUGCCUGUGGCUCUGGGAUACCAGAGAUUAAAACUAUCUUGAGUGGCUUCAUCAUCAGAGGUUACUUGGGCAAGUGGACCUUGAUGAUUAAAACCAUCACUUUAGUCUUGGCUGUAGCAUCAGGCUUGAGCUUAGGAAAGGAGGGUCCUUUGGUACAUGUAGCUUGUUGCUGUGGGAAUAUUUUUUCCUACCUCUUUCCAAAGUACAGCACAAAUGAAGCUAAAAAAAGAGAGGUGUUAUCAGCUGCAUCAGCAGCAGGAGUAUCAGUAGCUUUUGGUGCCCCAAUUGGUGGAGUCCUUUUUAGUCUGGAGGAGGUCAGUUAUUACUUCCCACUAAAAACUUUGUGGAGGUCAUUUUUUGCAGCUUUAGUUGCCGCUUUUGUUUUAAGAUCCAUCAAUCCUUUUGGUAACAGCCGUCUAGUUCUUUUUUAUGUGGAAUACCACACCCCCUGGUACCUUUUUGAACUACUUCCUUUCAUUCUCCUGGGGGUGUUUGGUGGGCUCUGGGGAGCAUUUUUCAUUCGUGCAAACAUCGCCUGGUGCCGCCGCCGCAAAUCAACAAAGUUUGGGAAGUAUCCUGUCCUGGAGGUCAUCAUUGUUGCAGCAAUAACAGCUGUCAUUGCCUUUCCCAAUCCAUACACAAGGCUCAACACCAGUGAACUCAUUAAAGAGCUCUUCACAGACUGCGGACCCUUGGAAUCCUCCUCUCUCUGUGAUUACAGAAAUGACAUGAAUGCCAGUAAGAUUGUAGAUGAUAUUCCUGACCGUCCAGCAGGCACUGGAGUUUAUUCGGCCAUAUGGCAGUUGUGUUUAGCACUUAUAUUCAAAAUAAUUAUGACAGUCUUCACCUUUGGCAUCAAGGUACCAUCUGGUUUGUUCAUCCCCAGCAUGGCAAUUGGAGCAAUAGCAGGGAGAAUUGUAGGAAUCGCAGUGGAGCAGCUGGCCUAUUAUCACCACGACUGGUUUAUCUUCAAGGAGUGGUGUGAGGUUGGAGCUGACUGUAUCACACCAGGCCUUUAUGCCAUGGUUGGUGCUGCUGCAUGCUUAGGUGGUGUGACUAGGAUGACUGUCUCCCUAGUAGUCAUUGUAUUUGAGUUAACUGGGGGCCUGGAAUAUAUUGUGCCCCUCAUGGCUGCAGUAAUGACCAGUAAGUGGGUGGGUGAUGCCUUUGGUAGGGAAGGCAUCUAUGAAGCACAUAUCCGGCUGAAUGGAUAUCCUUUCCUGGAUGCUAAGGAAGAAUUCACUCACACAACACUGGCUGCUGAUGUUAUGAGACCUCGAAGAAGUGAUCCACCUUUGGCAGUUCUGACACAGGAUAAUAUGACGGUGGACGAUAUAGAAAACUUGAUCAAUGAAACUAGCUAUAAUGGUUUCCCUGUUAUAAUGUCAAAAGAAUCUCAGAGACUAGUGGGAUUUGCUCUAAGGAGAGAUUUAACUAUUGCAAUAGAAAGUGCUAGAAAGAAGCAAGAAGGUAUUGUUGGCAGUUCCAGGGUCUGUUUUGCCCAACAUACCCCAUCACUUCCAGCAGAGAGUCCUCGGCCUUUGAAGCUUCGAAGCAUUCUUGAUAUGAGCCCUUUUACCGUGACAGACCACACACCAAUGGAGAUAGUGGUGGAUAUUUUCCGCAAGCUGGGUCUGAGGCAGUGCCUUGUAACACACAAUGGGAUUGUCUUGGGGAUCAUCACAAAGAAGAACAUAUUAGAGCAUCUCGAGCAACUAAAGCAACACGUCGAACCCUUGGCGCCUCCUUGGCAUUGUAACAAAAAAAGAUAUCCUCCGUCAUAUGGCCCAGACGGCAAACCAAGACCCCGCCUCAAUAAUGUUCAACUGAAACCUAUAGCUGAGGAGAGAGAGGAAACUGAAGAGGAGGUUCAUUUGUUGAAUAGCACAACACUUUAGUCGGAGAGAUUCUACUAAAAUCAGAAAUGAGACCUGAGUGUUUGCGUAAUAAUGCUGUUGGAAUUCAGGAUUGGUCUGGGGAAGUGUGGAGAGUUAGUGGCGUUCUCCACCGAAGCAUGGGGAAAGAGAACUUCUUCUGUCCUGCACUGGAUGUGUUCCCUGAUGUGCGAUCUGCCAUGAUAGUGCAGUGGGAAAGCUGUAUCUGAAAAUGGAAUUCUCCAAACCUUAACCUGUUACUUCAGCAUUGAAGAGAUGCAUUAUUAGUCCCUGUUUCUGGAGGGGUCAUUUUGAAUUGAGCCAUCUUUUGGAGACUGCAAAGUCUUGCCCAUUUUACCAUUGAAAACUGUUGUGUUAACUCAUUAAUGUAUAAUUAUUACAUGUCACCUUUCUACAUUCCAGAAGAGCUUUUAUUUCUCUCUCUCCUGAGCCAUUAACGAAGCCUCUUUAAAACUGGUGUGCCCUUUUGAAGCAGUAGUUUCUCAUAUUGAGAUAUGCUGUGAUUUACUGAGGUUUGAUCACAAGAAGGGAGAUUUUCUUGUGCCAUUAAACGUGUAGUUUGUACAUCAAGAAAUCAUUGGGGCAGUACAGAUCCCCUGCAUAAAGCAGAUUGAGUAGGUAAUACUUUAUAAGAAGCAUGUGUGAAAUGUUGCAGCCAGUGUGCUGUGAUUUGAGAAAAAUUAAACACAGAGAAAACUUGAGUUUCAAAGGAAAAAUAAUGUUUUUGCUGCAGAAUAUAUCAAUAAUGUGACCUGGUCUUAUGCAAUUUUUGUAUUAUUGAAAACACUAUGAUAUAUACCAAUGUUGUGCGGUAUAAAGAAAAUACUGCUACUCUGAUAGUUAAGAGCAGGAACAAUUCUGUAUAAGUGUAUCUGAUAAUAAUUGCAUGCUGAAACACUGGAGAUUUUUUCCAUAAAAUUAAAAAUCAGUCAUCUCAUUUUUUCCUUUCCUACAAAAACAUGUUUUACUACUGACUGGAAGUAAGAAAUGUAAAUCAUAACUUGCACUAAAUGUAUAUUUUUUUCUUGAAAUUUUACCAUUCUUUAUUUAUAUUUUUAUGGAUUAAAAUCUAUUAAAUACAAAUCAGUUAAUAUCUCACAUAACUAACUCUACCUUUUUAAUGUGAUUUUGUAGAAUAAUUCAAAAUCCUCCACAAAUUAUGGAGGGUUGGGCAAAAGUUUACAGCUGGAUAAAAGGGGUUUAAGAAAAAGAAAUUAACUCUGAUCCAUCAUGCACAUAAUAGUAUUUUCAAGCUUGACUCACUGCCAUAAACUUGACGUUUCCAUUUGUUUAUGAUCAGAGAACUGAAACAGUAAAAUGAUAAAUCCUUUUUUUAAACACUAGGGUUUUAAAAAUAAGACAAAAAUAAUGGUAAUUGUGUGGACUUUUUUUCAGGAAUCUAGCAAUGCUCUGGCUGAAAUUUCUGAUGAAACGUAGCCUUUGGGGUGGGGAAGGGGAAACCUAUUACUUGAACUGUUGGGUAGGAGCUCAGCUGCAGCAAUGCACCCUUGAUAGCAGGAUGACUGACAAAUUUCAUAUCCUCCUGGCUUUUUUUCUUUUUGGAAAAUCUACUUUAACCACUAGCUGAACAUGUUCACUUAUUGAGAUAAAGAAAAGGUGACACCCUAAGGUAUCAUGCCCCAAAAUGUAAGACUGUUGUUGGAACAAUUAAAAGUUCUGGUUGGGAAUAAUGUCUCGGAAUAUUCAUCUCAGUGGGUGCAGCUAAAUAUGCACAUUUACUGCACAGUAACCAAAACUACUGCACAGUACAGGUGCAUGUCUAUAUGUGCAUGCCCAUAUUGUGCAGUAAAUAUGGCAACUUAGACCAACUUGAGUGUAAAUUUGAUGCCUGAAUUAUGCAGGCAUCAAAUUUAUGCCUAAUUACUGCACAGUAAUGCACAUAUAGAGAUCUUAUUGCGCAAUAACACUGUGUGUGUGGACUGACUUGGGGCUAACUUUAGUUCCAAGUCAGUCCACACACAGCAUUAAUGCGCUUUAAUGCCUGCAUGUGUAGACGCUGACCUAUUCCCACUUACUGCUGAGUAAUUUACUGCACAGUAAAUUUAAGCUGGUAUAAAUGCACGUGUAGACAUGCUGUGUGUGUAGCUUGGACUUUGAUACAGUUGCUUCCUAAUAUCAGUAUACCCAUGAGACUGCAAAAAUAAAACAGGUAAAAAUACCUAAGACUCUUAGGUGUUUCUAAAGCACUCAUCACUAUCAUCUCAAAAGCCCUUACUCAGCAAAAUACUUAGCAUAUGCUUAUCUUUAAAUAUACUAAUACUCCAGUGGAAGUAGACAGAGCUACUGGCAUGCUUAAAGAUAACAAACAUGGCUACAAGAUUUUCUGAAUUAUGGCCGAAGUGCUCAUUACAAUUCAAUUAAUGUUUAAACCCUGCUAUUUUUCAUCUCUUGCACCUUAGUUUGGCAGAAUGCACGGCACUUCCCUGCAGCACCUACUGCACUCUGAUUUCAGUUGGUUUGGAAUGAUAGCAGGGAACCGACCUGUGGUUAAACUUGUGAUUUUGCAAAUAACUAGUGGCUUUUUUUUUUAAUUUGGAGCCAAAGCUUAGUGGACCAAAUUUUGCUCCACUACAACUCUGUCAGUCUGGAAUUGCUUCAUAAAUUUCUGAGGCCCUAGAGUUGAAACCAAUGUAACAGAGACAGUAAAAGGCGUCUUAGCUAAUUAUCAUCACCGCCUAAAACAUGUUACUAUUCUUUAAAGCAGAAGAGCAUAGCAUCCUUCCUUAUAUUGUUUUUAAGUAGUUCAAGCUCCCCGAUUUCUGUUGGUCUUUAUCAUAGGACACUGCACUGACUGUUCUGCAUGAAGUGAAAUACAGUUCACACCCUUACUGUGUCUUAUUGUUUUAAAAUAUAGACUCAAGUACUGCAUUUGUGUUUUGCUGAUUCCAUGGGUUUCUAUUCACUGUUCUUACCAGCUAAGCUUUCCUUAAUGACAUACAAGACACAUCCCACCCGGUCAUUGAUAUUGAAGUAAGUGUGCCUGUGCUAUUCAACAAAAAGGUUCAUUUUCUAAUGAAAAACUUCCAGAGCCUUAUUCAGGUUACUAAUUUGAACAAAUGUGGUUAUACGGAGGGUGGGGGGUGUCAGCACCUUUUUUUUUUGAGAGAGAAAAAAAACAACAAAACAGUUCAGUUCCUGGUUCAUGAAGAAUGCAUAAUUUGUUAAUCUGUGAUGUUGCCUAGAGCUGUAUUUAAUAUUGAUCUUAAUGUUUUUAUUUAUAAUAGUGUGAUAGAGCUGAGUAUCAUUACAGUAAAUAUUCUGAUUACUGUGAUGAUUUAAUCAUAAACAUAUUAAAAAUUUCUGUAUGAUCA